AUGUUCAACAAAAUAGAUUUCGGAAUCCCAAGAGAAAUUGGUACUUUAGGGUUCGAGAAUACAAAACAGAUAAUGAAAUGGUGGAUUCAACAGUCAAUUGACCCGAAGAUGGAAUCCAUGCUUUUUACACAUCACAAAACCAUUGAUUUUGCUCAAAAUGUACAGUUUAUGCCUUCGAACAAUUUAUAA